AUGGCUAUGCCACGGGAGUCGAGCUUUAUGCCGACCAUCAAGUGCUCGUCAUGUGCUCAGCAGGUCGAGAUCUCCAUGAUGGGAGAACACAUUUGCGGCGGUGCACCUCCAGAGCCCAUGCCGCCAAUGCCAGAGCGUCCAGACAGUCUCGGUUCAUACGAUCAACCUCCGCCGCUCGACAACAAGUAUGGCAGAAUGGCACCUCCCACUCUGGAUACGAGUGCAGCGAAUAUACCAUAUAUGCGACAGAGCCAGCUCACCCCAAUCAGCACAUCGACCGGAUCAAUCAGCGUUUCACCGAAGACGCCCAACAGUCAAGCUCUGGGCCGAUCAGAUGACUACUUUCAACCGCAGAUUGCCAACGACUUUGGCUCCAAUCAGCAGACUCGUCGACCUGGAGGUUAUGGAGCGUUCGACGAAGGAGAUGAAUUUGGGGACCAGAUGUACCCGACUGAGCAGAAGAAGCAGGCACCGAGUCUCCUUCAACGCAUGAACACCAUCGCACCGGGACCAUUCGAGAUGGGAAGGAGGGGAGGAGCACCACCCGCGGCCAAGCUCGCCUUGAGACCAUCGAGGAAAGAGUCGCUUACGCCCGACGACAGCUUCGGUGACCGACCGCUAACUUCGGCCUCUAACAACUCGUUCAUGUCUUCUGGGAGCAGCAACGCCGGCGGAAUCGCGCCACCAAGGCUACCGAGGAAGAACGGAUAUGGAGGAUUUGGGCCUCCGGGAACGACGCCAGACGAAUUCGAACCGGAACCUUUCCAAAGCCGAGCAGGCACCUUCCCCCGCCCCAGCGAACCUAUGGAACCACCUGCGAGAACGCCUUCGGCCCCUGGUCUUCGACCUGACAGAUUGAGCAGGCCGUCGAACGGACCUGACCACGAGAGAAAACGAUCAAUGGGACCUGAUACAUCGAGACCGCCGCCACCGAGAACAAGCCUUCUCCGGCCUACAACUGCUGGAAGGGACCGUGUGCCGCCCGUUGACCUAGCCAGCGAGUUUGGAGCAAGCAACCCGUACCACACACCUUCAGCCUCUACAUCGUCCGCGUCCGGGGCUUCAAUGUUCAGCCAUGGUCGUCAGGCGAGCUCUCAAAGCUCACAGUCUAGCGCCCCACGCUCAAGGCGAAACCCCUCCGACACGACAAACUUCGAUCAUCUGAUGAACGACAUUGAGUCGUCGAUGGCUGCCAUGUCCCCUACCAAAGACAUGGCUCCUCCACCUCCGCCGAAGCCGGCGCCGAGAGACCCUUACUCCGGUCGUCGUGGACCCUCCGAGGAUCUUCGCAACGACCCCGCUGUUCAAAGUGGACGACCUCGCCCAAGAUCACCUCUCGCCAGACCAGAUUACGAUGCUCGUGACCCCAGGGACCGCUACGACCAGGGCCACGACCGUCGUCCGAGCGAUCUGCGCAGCGUCUCAUCUCCGCCCCGCAACCGUCGGCGUGACCCUGCGACUCAACCUUCUCGAGGAAACUGCAAAUCCUGCGGCGAUCCGAUCAAGGGUAAGAGCAUCUCGUCCGCCGACGGCCGUUUGACUGGCCGCUACCACAAGGCCUGCUUUGUAUGCACGACCUGCAAAGAACCCUUUUCCUCUGCCGAGUUUUACGUCCUCGACGACAAGCCGUACUGCGAGCAGCACUACCACAAGCUCAACGGCAGCCUGUGCGGUACCUGCGGACGUGGUAUUGAAGGUCAAUACCUGGAAGACGAAGAGCGGAUCAAGUACCACGUUGGUUGCUUCCGAUGCGGUGAUUGCGGCAUGUCUCUGUCCAACGGAUACUUUGAGGUCAACGGCAAGGCCUACUGCGAACGGGACGCCUGGCGCCGCAUGCAACAGAUGACUCGGAGACCUCCGCCUGGUGGUCUCGACGUACCCGGUGGACCCGGAGGACGCGGUGGCCGACGACCGAGCAACGGGCAGUCCGGCAUGAGGCCCCCUAUCGGUCUCCCGCGCGGACAACGUGCUCCUCCCGGAGGCGGCCUUGCCCCUCCCAUGCCUCGCAUGAACAAGCGCAUGACGAGACUCGGAAUGAUGUAA